AUGAACAACCUUAUAAAAGAAUUAUACGGUUCAAUGGCACCUGUCACUGAUGAUUUUUUUUCUGAUGGAAUAAGAGAUAAUUCAGUCGUGAAAUCCUUCCAAACAGGCGAAACAAAACUAUGGCUUGGGCCUGCCGCAUUCUUAAAUCACGACUGCGAAGGAAUUACAGAUAUAAAUUCAUUAGGAAGUACCAGUGCAAUAGUAAAAGCCAAUAAAAAAAUCAAACUCGGAGAAGAAAUAACAGUAUCUUACGGCCCACAUUAUUUCGGAGAAGAUAACAAAGACUGUAUGUGUCAUUCAUGUGAAUAUAAAGGGAUUGGAUAUUUUCAAGUGAAUGAACAAGGUGCCGGUUGCCUAAUGACAAAUCCAGACUCCAGUGAAGAACACUGCCCCGAAGAAGAGACGCCCAGAGACGAUGUUUUUACUUGCAAUAUAUGCGGAAAAAUGUUUUUGUUCAAAUGUUGGUUGUCGAGACACAUUGCUUCCCAUAUGAUCCCCAUUCACACAUGUGAAAAAUGCGAUAAGGUAUUCAACAGGAAAGAUAUCCUUAAGAGGCACAUACGAACUGUUCAUGAUAAAGUGAAGCAUGUCUGUGAUAUAUGUGGUGCUAAAUUUAGCACUACUCAUGCCAAAACUAGACACAUCAAUACAAAUCAUAGCGUAGAAGAUAACACAGUCCAUUUUAGUUUUUAUUCUAAUUUUCAUUAA